AUGGGCAACUCCCUGGGCUCUCCCCAGCCAGAUCCCACACCCCCUACCCCCAGCCGCCCAAGGCCCCGGCCUGCCUGGGUGGAGGAACCUGUCCGGCAUGUCCAGGAAGAUGGCAGGGUCUCCACUGGGCCGGUUCCCAAAGCGUUGCUCCACUGGCCAUUGGGCACAGGGACACCGCUCAGGAUGGUCUCUGCGACAAGGAGGCACUCUCCUGCCAAGGUUUCUCCUGGGGUCGCCAUUGGGCCGGAUCUCUCGAGGGCCUGGAAGACCUACAUGAAGCGGUGGCUUUGGAGUUCCAGGAACCCUGUGCGUACUUGCAGCCCGGUGAUCAUCAAGAUCGCUCCACCAGGGCGCAGGAGUAGUCCACUGGUUGUCCCCAGGCAGAGAGCCCACUCUGCCAGGUGUCCAGUGGCUGCUGGGGAACCCCUCGACCCCUCCUCCAGGGAGGCAGUGCUGAAAGCGCUCAGCCAAUGCAAGAAGGGGAACAGGAAGUUCGAUGGGCCACUCUGGUUUGAGAUCCCAGAGACCAUGAGCAAGAAACACAGCUCUAUGUCCACGCCAUCUGCCUUCAAGCCCUGCAUUAAAAAUGGAAUGGUGUCUUCCUUUUUGCCCAGGCCCGGGCCCUUGAAUCAAAGGCCCUUCUCCUGGAGGCUCAAUGUCUGCGAGGAGGAGCAUAAUCCUGUGCCAUAUGUGCACCCCCAUGCAUUGAUAGCAUCUGAGCAGGAAGCAGAGUCUCCCCUGGAGAGAAGGGAGAACAUGAAGACUGUCUGUGGCCUGGGCCACAUUCCUGAGCAGCAAAACAGAGUAUGCAGAGUCUCAUUUGCCCCUGAAGAUUCCCAGCCUGCUGGUCCCUUUGCCUUCUAA